AUGCCUGAAGAAGAAGUUACAAGAAGAGACAGCUUGGUGUUUGUCACUGGCAAUCACAGAUUUCGAAUUGCUGAUAAAGGGCACACCGAAGUCCUUUUGGGACUCCGAGGUGAUGGAAGAGAAGUUGCAAUCAAGAGGAUCGAAAAGAGCGAAGACAAGAAGAUACAUGAGGAGAUGAAAGUAUUGCGGGAGAAAAUGUAUAACAGUCGACAUGUUGUCCAAUAUGUAGAUUACACAGAAGAUCAAGAGUUCGCCUACAUUGCUAUGCAGUUGUGUGAGUACAACUUGGAAGAAUACAUAAAGGCAGACAACAUGAUGACUAUGGACAAGAAGAGAAAUAUUGUAAAGGAGUUCCUUAUGGGUCUGAAAGAGCUUCAUGAUGGCAAGACGAUCCAACGAGAUAUCAAGCCAAGCAAUGUUUUAAUUGACAAGGAUGGUUGUGUGAGGUUAGCUGACUUUGGGAUCAGUCGCACGUUAGAUCCAGACCAGUCCACAAUAGAAACAGAUAAAGCCGGAACAAAAUGCUGGGAGGCCACGGAAAUUGUUGCAAAAUCAGUGGGUUGGAGGUACAAAAGGAGUACUGACAUUCAGGUGGCUGGCAUGCUGGUUUACUACAUCCUCUCUGGUGGUCACCAUCCUUUUGGAGAUGAUUUCCACUGCCAGGCCAACAUUGCUGAUGGGAAAUACUCUCUUGAUCCUCUCAUGGAUGAAGAAGCCAAGGAUUUGGUUGAGAGCAUGAUUAAUCCAUUCAACCCAAAAUUGAGACCCCGCAUAUAUGACAUUUUGGAACAUCCUUUUUUCUGGGAUGAGAACAGGCACAGGACAUUCCUGAAAGCAGUGGGUGAGGUUGAUGAUGUAGAAAAGCAUUUGAAGUUCACAGCUGAUGAGGAUUUGGACUCUGAAAUGAAAGAUAAAAGCUUCAGCACAUGGAAAACUGAGGUGACCUACGCCAAGCCUACUCCGGCUAACCAACGCUGUCCCACCUACUCUGCCCUGGCGUCGCCCCAACAGUCGCAGCCUCAGGCUGCUAAUCACUGCAACGAGCCCCCCAGGAGCCUCGGUGUCAAAGGACCCCAGGGUGUCGACGCCCCCCAAGGCAUGCCCACACCCAAAUUCUGA